CGCCAAAGUAUCCAUUUUCACCAAUCGCAUUCUAGUCAGAACAACCAUCCCUCCAGAACCAAAGGAACCACAACAAAGACUCACGGUAUAUGCGAGAAAUCCCUCUCAUACGCCUGCUCGAUCGCUCUCGAAAUGGAUUCAGAGGCAGGGAGUGGGAGUUGGAGGUCCUAUAGUGCGCAAUGUAAUAUUCGGUUGAAGGCGCCAUAUGUACGAGUGCGAGUCCACCGCCAAAUCACGAUUCAGCGCCAGCCAACCCCGAGUACAACACAAACGAUCCCAGCAUGCCCAUUAGCAUCUGGAUCCAGCGUCCAAUACGAACAACAUCAAACGCACCUCAACGACAGCACCCCGGUACUCCUCUCAUCACUUGAGUCUCCCUUCAAAGAAACCUUAUCUGACUAGUCAAUUCUCCCCAAACCCGAUCGCCAGUCUAAGUCACAAUGUCGAUCCACGGUCUCCCACCAAACCAACCACCUGCAUACCCCAAACACUUCUCCCUGGAAUCCGCUAUUCGACCCAACAUCCUGGCUUUGCACCCCUAUAGAUGUGCGAGAGACGACUACUCCGAGGGUAUCCUCCUUGAUGCAAACGAGAACGCUCUCGGCCAUGCUAUCAUCCCUUCAGAAAUGAGUUUAGAUUCGGGAAAGAACGCGAAUGGGGAGUUGGCAGAAGCAUUGAAUAAGACCCUGACCCUACCCUUGCACCGAUACCCCUCCCCGACUCACGUCCCGAACUGGGGCGAGAAAUUGGACAAGAUCUUGACUACUCCGCCUACCUACGGCAUGUACGGCGUAUGUGCGCAAGUGAACGACGUUGCUUCUGUCAAGGUACCUCUCCGCGUUGCACCGCCAGCUUCUGGAGAGGCAUUCGGAGAAGGUGGAAAGACUGGACGAUUCAGCCUUGACGUCCCUGCAAUUAAAGCUGCUAUCCUCCACGAACAAAAUGUCCUCGGAAACACCAUCAAACUGCUCUGCCUGUGCUCUCCCGGAAACCCGACAGGAACCUUGCUGGACCUAGACUCAAUCAAGGAGUUAUUGGAAUGGGAAGAGUUCAAGAGUGUCGCCAUCAUCGACGAAGCUUAUAUCGAUUUCGUCGGCGACGAGAACGAGGAUGAGAAGGAACAAUGGAAGAAGAGUGGAGCAAGCCCUGUGGAGAAAUAUUCGAACGUGGUAGUCACUCAGACUUUGAGCAAGAGCUUCGGGUUGGCCGGCAUCCGACUCGGAAUCGCACUCGCCCAACCUCCCAUCGUCCAGGUCCUAUCCAACGCCAAGGCACCUUACAACGUCUCCCUCCCAACAGCUCACCUCGCCGAACAGGCCCUCUCACCCGCUUCGCUCGAUCUCUGGCGCAAGAACGUCCAGAUACUCAAACGAAACAGGACAACACUCAUCAAGGGUCUCGAAGACCUUGCAAAAUCAGCCGCACUCAAGAAUGGCGAGGGACCAUUGGGCGUUGGCGAGAUCAUCGGUUCAAACGACGCCAAUUUCAUCUUGGUCAGGAUUUUGGAGAGGCCGACUGCAUCUGGGGCACCCUUGAAGCCUUCGAGCGAGAGGAUGAAUAAGGUUUACAAGGCGUUGGCGGAGGAGAUGGGAGUCGUGGUGAGGUAUAGAGGAAGCGAGCUGGGCUGCGAUGGUGGCCUCAGGAUCACUGUCGGAACUGAGGAAGAGAAUAGGGAAGUAUUGAGGAGAUUGGGGGAGGCUCUGCAAAGGCUGUAG